AGUCGAGGGCAAGCGGCAACGGACAASGCAACAAACUGUGUUAUUCACUUGUGAUUCACUUGUGAUUGUUUUUGACCAUGCCGUAAGUGCUCGCCCAGGCCACCAGGCACAAAACGAAACGAAACGAAACGAAACACGGUAUCGAGGAAGCAACCACCAUGCGCACGGUGUUCCAAGGGUGCACGAGCAGCCGCAGGGCGUUUCGAUCCCGGCCCGGAAUCCUUCCCGCGGUGGUCCUGUGUUCGGCCCUCUCGCUCUCGCUGUUGCUCUCGCUGUUGCUGUCGCUGUUGCUCUCGCUUUCGCGAACCCGGGCGUGGGCUCCGGUGGUGCGGAGAAACCACCCGCUCGGGGCAAUGGACAAGAGGUCGCCCGGGGGGGCGGAACGRGGGCGUCCGCUGCGUGGGGCUCUGUUGCGGCCUUGUCCUCCGUCGCCGCGUUUGAUGCCAAUGGCAAUGCCAAUGGCAAUGCUGCCGGAAACCCCCGGGCGCCGGAAAGGAACCCACCGGCUCUACGGGGUCACCGCAGACAACACGGAAGAUUCUUCGGGAGAGGCGGAAACCGAAACCGAAAUUGCCACCGGCUUCUACAAGAUCAGUGAUCUCCGGGACAUGGACGUGGUGAUCUAUUCCCUGGAAACAGAAACAGAAACGACCACGGGCGAGGGCAGGGAUACACCGGCCGCCCUCUGCCUAGGGGCUCUCCAGGAGGACGGGACCCUCAGCCCUCUGUCGGCCUGGACGGACGAGCCGGCCUUUGGGGACUCGAUCGAGUGCCUCGUCGACGAGGAAGACCGCUUUGUUCUGGCGGGGGCCACGGAGGAACAGCGCAGGCGCGAAGAAGGAGACGGAGCCGAUGGUUUCGGAGAGGCAAGGGGGGGWGRAMYGGCCGGGAGCACAAAGCUCACCGGGCCCGUUCUGAGGGUCCACCAUUUGUUGUCGGAGGACGAGGUGUCCUACGGAUCCCGGCAGUGCCCCCGCGGACCGCACAACCCCCACGGCGAGGAGAGCGAGCUCCUGUACUACGUGAGCCAGGAACGCGUCCUCGACCGCUUCGGGGUCGCCCCGGCCCUAAAGCCGGACCUGGAGAUUCUGUGGUGAGGGGGCGUGCUGUGCGUGCGGGUCAACACAACCCAGCCCGAGCGAAAGGCAAGGGCAAGGGCAAGGGCAAGGGCAAGGGCAAGGGCAAGGGCAAGGGCAAGGGCAAGGGCAAGGGCAAGGGCAA